AUAUCCCCAUCUCUAGUUGUUUAAACCGAAUUUAUUCUGCGCGGCGUCUCUUUUUUUUCUACUGAUUAUUUUGUGUAGUGCCUUUGAUUAAAAUGGAGACUCCUCGUCGCAAGCUGCGCGACCUGCAUUUGGAAAACGUGCAGAGCAUCAGCACCCCAAUCUGCAUACCACCAUCGCCGCUGCUGAAGACCCUUGGGCACGGCACCGGGGUCAGUGUUUACCGCCUGGACCGCUCGCCGCGUCUGGGACAAGCCCGCUCCCCGUGGGCCGUCAAGCGAAUCACCCAGAAUCCCAGGAUUAAGAGGGACCCGGUCUUCAACGAGCGCAUCAUGUACGAGGCCCAGAUUUUGCGCAAACUGAAACAUCCCAAUAUCGUGGGUUUCCGUGGCCUGGUGACCGGCCCCGAGGGCGCAAGCACACUAGUGCUGGAGGUGUGCAACACCUCUCUUGGAUCCAUUCUGGAGGAGCGCCAUGACGAGGAUCUGGGCCCGUUGCCGCCCAAGAACACCCUGAAAAUGAUUAUGGAUGUGGCCAAGGCGUUGGACUUUCUGCACAACGAGGCUCGCCUCCUGCACGGCGACCUCAAGUCCUUCAAUGUCCUGAUCAAGGGCGAGUUUGAGAUUUGCAAGCUAUGCGACUUUGGGGUAUCCAUGCCGUUGGACGAGAACGGUGAGGUAAACAUGAUUAAGAAGUGCUAUGUGGGAACCUGCCUCUGGUCGGCUCCGGAGGUAAUUGACCAGGUCGAGAUCAUUGACAGCAAGGCUGACAUCUUCAGCUUUGGCCUGGUUAUCUACGAGACCCUGGCUCUGGUCCCACCACACACCUUGGAACUGGACGAAGCGCUGGGCGAGGAUUUGGAUAACUCGCACGACUUGGACUCCAACAAGAAAAACAACAAGCAACAGGGCCAAAAACUUGACUUCACCGAUUCCACCGACACCUCGGUCAACUUGGUGGAAGAAAAAUCAGAGUCUGAUUUCAUGGAAGUCAGCCAGCAGGAUGAGGUGGAUGAGUCAUCCUAUGAAGAGGAAGAUAAUACAAAGGAGAACGAAAUCUCUGGAUUUUCGCUAAACAAUCUGGAGUCUGCCUAUGGCACGCGUCCCCCGCUGCCGGUGGCAUUCCAGCUGAGCGCCGACUACAACUGCAUCGUGGAGCUGUUCUAUCUGUGCACUAAUGCCCUCAGCGAGGAUCGCCCGGCUGCCAGAACCAUUUGGCAGAGCCUCGAAAACAAUACAGUCACCGACGGAUCCGGAGGCGAUUAGACUAAUGAUAUUACUUAAGUCUUCCCUUCUUCCAUUUCGGAAACUGUUUGUUAACCACAGAUUUGCAUUCAUCUGUGCAUAAUCUUAGCUAGGUUUAAGUUGGAAAUUAACCUCCUAGCUUUAAGUUGAAAGAAAGUUUACAGUAUAAGUUGACCUCAAACGUACGGCAUCUGACUCUCGCAUUCGUUAUAAGUGACUAUAGGUUUUCAAAAGGACAUUCUUUGACAUUCCCUGAUUCGAAGAGGAGCCACGUUAGAUCUGGAGGCCAAAGAAGGAUGGAAUAAAUAUUAUCCAAAGAAGCAGAACGGCAGAUAGCUCCUUAACAGACCCCAAUGGACAACAUUAAUCAAAAUCUGGAUGCCAGAACAUAGUUAAGCAUAAAUUGAGUGUAAAAUAUGUGUAAGAGAGAGAGCCUCCCACCUUGAAUCUAAAGUUCGAAACAAUUCAAACUCGAAUAUAUAUGUGCCCUUCCAGGAAAAUGAAUAUAUAUACACCUCGGUUACAAUUUUACUUAGGUUUAUUAAAAAAUAAUAAUACAUACAUCAAAAUAUAA